ACCGUGUGCGCUCGUGUGCGCGACUGGGCGGCCUCGAGGUCUUUUUGCUUCCCAUUUUGUACCGUGCGGUACGUCCACCGUGGUACUGACGUUUCGCUGUGCCAUCGCAUGGCCGACGUGUGCAUUCCGAGGCUUACAGCCGCGUGGUACUCGCUGUGUCACGAGCGUCACCGUUGAAGGGGCCCCACCGCCGCUCUGUGGUCGUCACCAUCGUCGCCGUAGUCGUCGUCGUCGCCGUCGCCGUGUAGUCGUCGUGGUUGUCGUCGCCGACGUCGUUCCCGCAUCGGCGCUCCGACCGCACCGUAACGAUCAUCAGCAGCGAAAAAAGAAAGAGGGAGAGAGAGAGAGAGAGAGAGAGAAAGAGACGGACACAGAGAAAGAGAAAGAUCGAGAUAGAAAGAGAAGAAUUCGCACAGCCCGGCUUCCGACGUGGACACGCGGAGCCAUCCUGCCAGACUUCAUCGCCAGUGUCGUCGUCCCCCCACUGGGUGAGAGAGAGAGAGAGAGCGCGCGCGACAGCGAUAAAUCUCCUCAGCCGAGCACCGACCGUAUAACGCCGCGACCACGCGUUCCCACGCGCACCAGCGAUGUCGAACGAGGAGACCUCCGCCGACCGCAAUGUCGAGAUCUGGAAGAUCAAGAAGCUCAUAAAGAGCCUCGAGAUGGCCAGGGGGAAUGGCACGAGCAUGAUUUCGUUAAUCAUACCUCCAAAGGACCAAAUAUCGAGAGUGAGCAAGAUGCUGGCGGAUGAAUUUGGUACUGCGUCAAACAUUAAGUCUCGUGUAAAUAGAUUAUCUGUCUUGGGUGCAAUCACAUCAGUACAGCAUAGGCUAAAGCUAUAUACUAAAGUGCCUCCAAAUGGCCUGGUAAUUUAUUGCGGAACUAUCGUUACGGAGGAGGGGAAAGAGAAGAAAGUUAACAUCGAUUUUGAACCCUUCAAGCCUAUCAAUACUUCUUUAUAUCUUUGUGAUAAUAAGUUUCACACGGAAGCGCUCACAGCGUUACUCGCCGACGAUAAUAAAUUUGGUUUUAUUGUUAUGGAUGGUAACGGCGCAUUGUUUGGUACGCUGCAAGGCAACACACGCGAGGUUUUGCACAAGUUUACCGUAGACCUCCCCAAGAAACAUGGUAGAGGCGGUCAAUCUGCGCUUCGUUUUGCUCGAUUACGAAUGGAGAAACGACAUAACUAUGUUCGAAAAGUUGCGGAAGUGGCUACCCAGUUAUACAUCACUAAUGACAAACCAAAUAUUGCUGGUUUAAUAUUGGCGGGUAGUGCUGACUUCAAAACGGAACUUAGUCAAUCUGACAUGUUUGAUCCUAGACUGCAAGCCAAGGUCAUAAAAUUGGUGGAUGUUUCGUAUGGUGGUGAAAAUGGCUUUAAUCAGGCCAUUGAGUUAGCGGCCGAAUCUUUGCAAAACGUAAAGUUCAUCCAAGAAAAGAAGCUAAUCGGUCGCUACUUCGACGAAAUUUCUCAAGAUACCGGCAAGUAUUGCUUCGGCGUCGAAGACACGUUAAGAGCUUUGGAAUUAGGUAGCGUUGAGACCCUUAUUUGUUGGGAGAAUUUAGAUAUUCAACGAUACGUCUUGAAAAAUCAUACAAACGCGGAAGAAAAAGUACUACACCUAACGCCAGAACAGGAAAAGGAUAAAACUCACUUUACGGAUAAAGAGAGCGGGGUAGAGUUAGAGCUUGUGGAGUGUCAACCGUUGCUCGAGUGGCUCGCGAACAACUACAAAAGCUUUGGUGCUACCUUGGAAAUUAUCACAGACAAGUCUCAGGAAGGAUCCCAGUUCGUCAGAGGUUUCGGCGGUAUCGGAGGAAUCCUCCGCUACAAAGUUGAUUUCCAGUCACUGCAGGCUGAUGAGCCUCUUGAUGACGUUGACCUCGAUGAUUACUAAUUUCAUCCGUGAAUUACUCAGAGUCGACCAGCUCGCAUAUUGGGAAAGGUAUUUUGCGGUACAAAGUGGACUUUCAAAGCAUGCAGCUGGAAGAUACCGAAAUCGAUAGCUUUGAUUUGGACGACUACUAAGUCCAUGACACAACCGACAUUUGGUUCUUUUAUCUUCGAGGAAAAAGCCAGGAGAAGCAUGCAGUGUGUGCGGUCUCUCUUGGUGCAGCAAGAGAGAAGCAUAGACGGGCACGUUUCGAAAUUCAUCAUACAAUGCAGCAACAACAACGUACGAUAUCAACACGAAAUUAUUAUCUAGAAUUUACCGAGCAUCAAGCAGAUCGAUUAUACGAAAGAGUGGAGCACAGCAUACGGCAGGAGCAUAUCGCGGCUCAGCACCGCCGUAUCUACGGGAAAAAGAAAUAAAUUAAAAGAAAAAAAAAACAAACAAGAAAUAAAGGGCAUCUCGAAGACUGUGACACUUAAUUAAGCCAGCUUGAUACCUGCCUACUCUCAUCUAACAUUUUACCACCCUUGUAUUACGAUUAUGGUCCUCAAUUAUUCACGUGGAUUCGUUUAAAACCAACCUACACACGCGCUCUACAGUGCCGAAAUAAAAGAAAAUAUUGUACAGUGUAUGUACGUGGUUCGGUCGUAAUUUUAUAUUAAAUUGAUGUUUGUCAUCUUUACCAUAGAUUUUAUGAGGAAUGAGUAUUUGAACUACACAAGAGCGGAUGUAGCGUUAUUUUUGUUCAGAUACAAUCAUGAAAGAGCUGUAAUAAACUGAUUAUUAUGAACAUACAAUUGCAUUUGUAUCGUGCAUUCUGACACCGGUUUGCAAAAUUCACGCGGACAUACUAAACGGAGAGCGUUCUGUAAAUAGAUGUCAAUUUUUAAAAGCGGCGCAGUUGCCUUAGGACAUAAGUUGAGAUCGUCGUCGACGAUCCACGGAGUAAAUGAAGUAUUUCCGUCUUAUGCAGUGAUACAUAUACUUGUAAAUGUAGGGGCAUACAAUUUCCACGCGAUCCCACGUUGCUCCGUUGCUGGCUCUCGGCUCUUAGAUUUUGUACAUUCACACAACUGUACAUAAGAGGCGCUUUGCAAAAAGGAGAACAAAAAGAGAUGUAUCGAGAGGUAACUUUUUCCAUUGUUAUAAUAGUGGUGCACCUCACAGUGAAGAGAAAAAGAUAUUCCCCGCGAUAUUUAAACGGCAGUUACUGAAAGAGAUAUUACGAAAUUAUUUUAACACUGUUAAUUUAACUUGCUUGUUCGUACGAUGCCUUUGUAAUAAACGACGCAAUGUAUGUAUAAAUGUGGAAAGAGUGUAACGUGCAAUUUUGGUGAAGUAUUCUUUAACGGAAGAACGUAUGCUGUACAGAAAGGCGAAGAUUCUCGCGAAUGCUAUGAUUCUCUUGUCGAAAGGAAGAAAAGUAAGAAGAACAGUGUAUUAUUGAUCGAUAAUAUAUUUACGUAAUUCAUUAUACGAUAUUCUGAUGUACACCUUGCAGAGACAAAAAACAGGCGCACAAGAGAACUUCAUCAAAGUGGAACGUUCGAGAUAGAGAUAGAUAGAGAGAAAGAGAGAUAAAUAGAAAGCGAGAAGUCUGACUUGUGGUAUGUGCACAACGAAUUUCAGAACGUGAUGGCUUGAAGUAUUGUAUCUGUGUAUUGUCUCUCAAGAUACCGAGAUGUUAAUUGCCGGCUUAACGUUUCUUCAAAUUUUUAUAUGUAAACAUCUUCUCACUAGGAGUCUUUAGAUAGUUAUUUAUUUCUACACAUCGGUGCGACUACGUUUCUGCUUAGCGGAACAUUGAUUUAAGUAUGCAAGAUAGUGCAUUAAGAAACUCGAUGAAUAUCAAUGAGUGAAAGAGAGGGAGAGAGUGUGUGAGAAAAGAAAGAUGAAAAGAGAGUGAGAGAGCGAGUGAAAGAAAGAGAGAGAAUAGGAGAAGCCUUGUAAUCUUUGUCUUAAAGUAAGGGUACACGGAAAUGUCGUCCACGCGAGUUGGUUUUUGAAUUGAAUCAAUGACGUACUUAGAUUAUGGCUUGCCUAUGAUCUCUAUAAGCAUAGUUGUGUAAUCUGCUAUAACAACAUAUUCGUCAUUGAUAUUUUAUUU